CCGCUGUUUGAAUGCUCUGCGGAAACACACAGCCUGGCAACCGACCUGACGAGCAAACUACAGCGCAAUGCUGUUAGCCAGCUAACGAAUUAAAUCGAUAUAAUUUACACAGUCCAGUAUUUGAGAAGAGGAAGCGUAAAAGAUAAGUCGUGUGACACAGAGGAGCUUUUUUUUUUCGUAUGGGGCUUGCUCGUGAGCUAAUGUGACUUGCACACGUAGCUGGCUAACGUUAGCGAGCUAACUGCGUUGCAACCGGAGCACGAAGCUAGCUACAGGCGGUCCGUAAUAUGAAGUUAGUCAAGUCGUUCACAUCUCUUUGGGACUGUGUAACUUUGUAGUUCUCACUCUUGAGGUUACAGUGGGUAAACGGUUGUGGGGAUUAAGCGCCUCGUGAGCAGUUAAUAUCCACGUGAGGAUGACUUAGGUUUGGAGAAAGUUAUACAUUUAAGAAGACUUUGCUCAGGAGGACAGAGUUGAUAUAACUGCGGAUGUCAGCCUGCUGUGAGAAGAGAGUGAAUGACUUGUUGAUGUUUAUUUGAAAGCACAAGAUAGACGUGUAAAAUGAAAGUCUUGGAGAAAAACGUGAUGCGUCUUGUGGCUGUGCAACAGCUCCGCGCAGCAUAUGGGAUAAAGACAAAGAACUGGAACAAAAACAAAGCAGCCAGCUUUAAGUCAGCAACCAGCAGCUCGAACAAGGUUUUCGGAGUAUCCCUGGAGAGCUUACCAUACUACAAUAUGGAAUGUGGGAGCGUGCCAAGCUUCCUGGUCGACGCAUGCAUGAUACUGCUGGCACAUGUUGACACAGAGGGCCUGUUCAGAAAAUCAGGGUCUGUUGUCCGCCUGAAAGCACUCAGGGCGAAAUUGGAUGCGGGUGAGGAGUGCCUGUCCACUGCGCUUCCCUGUGACGUGGCCGGUCUGCUGAAGCAGUUCUUCAGGGAGCUGCCGGAGCCCGUGCUACCCUCAGAGCUGCAGGAGGCCUUUCUGAAGGCCCAGCAGCUCGCCACAGAAGAGGACAGGACCUCUGCCACCAUGCUGCUGUCUUGUGUAUUACCUGACAAAAACCUUAGCGUCCUGCGCUACUUUUUUGACUUCCUCCACAAUGUGUCUAAGAGGAGUGCAGAGAAUAAGAUGGACAGCAGUAACUUGUCUGUAAUCUUGGCUCCCAACAUCCUUCACACUGGAGACUGUACAGAGAAGAUGAACGCCAACACAGAGAAACGCCUCAAGCUACAGGCAGCCAUAGUGCACUGCUACAUAGAGAACGCCCACAACUUUGGUGUGUUACCACAGUUUCUUCAAGAUAAAGUUCCAGCCAUGAUGGGCUGUGAGGCGGGGGCUCUGUCCCCUACUCACGAGGGACUUGAGGAGCUGGACUUAAACUCAGGGAUGAAGAAGAGACAAAGACGCAGCUUCGGAGUCUUUUCCUCUGCCACUCCUGUGAUCGCAACUCCAACCUCAAAGCGAAAACUUCCUCUGGAAUCCGGUCACUCUUUUGGAUUCUCAAACAAGAAACGUAGAUCUGUCAAAAAGACGCUUGGGAUUGAGUUACUUCCCAGUACUUUGUUCAGCGGGACCUCCACUCCUGGAUCAGCUUACAGCGCUUCAGGGGUCUUGGACUCCUCCCAAAAUACCAUGUCAUCGGCAGGGAAGUCUAGAAGGCAGUCAGCUGUCUCUUCGAGGAGGAAGAGCCGGCGUCUUAGCCACAGAAACGCUGUUAACAGAGUCGAAUCUGGAAGAGCCGGCUGCUUUUCUCCUAAAGUCGGCAAAAAAGAAGCACCACGCAAAUCUCUGCGCAUGCGUUUUAGCCUGGGGAAGAGCAGCAAGGAAGCUGGAUCUGAGUCCAUUGGCUGGCGACUCGCCACUCAGGAGAGCACCACAAGUUUCCGUUUCACCAAAGAGACAGAGUUCAGUCCAGCGGUUUUGACUAGAAAAGCAGAACCUAAAAGCUCCAAAUACAUCAGCAAGUCUGAAGACAACUUGUUGACCCCACAAUGUGACUCGACUGCACACCGGACCUCUUGGAGUGGGGAGACGCCUGUGGGAGCUCAGGCUUUCAGCAGAGGAUCUUUCACAGACACCCCCAUGAGCAUGUGCCUUAAGAGCAACUGCGUGUCUGAGCCAGCCAUCGUCAUUUCAAAGCCGCCAGCGGCGGCCAGCUUUCCCAAGAAGCUGUGUUGUGCUUCCAGCGCUGAGAGUCUAGAGAGCGAGGGCUGUGUCACUGAAGCUCAGAACCAAACUGGUCCCACCCUGCUGAAAAUAAAGAAGGCCUUCACAGAGUCUGGCAGUGACCUCCAGGCUGUCAUACAGGACACUUGCAACUCUGCAGGCACAAAUGAAAACCCACCAGACAUCAUCCUAGUUCCUCCACCAGAGACUCCGACAGUCAAAGUCCUGUGUAUGGACACAGAGGCCGACAGCUUGCCAGCUCAGCAGAGCCCUCUGGCUCAUGAACAGAACAUUACAUUUGGCCAGAUUGAAAUUGCAGCCUUAUCGCCUUUGCAUAUUGACAGUGUAGUUUUUGAGUCUGGUGAAUAUUGUACUCCAGCAGUACAGGCUGAUGAAGGUUCUCUCUGUGCUGCUCCCAUCCGCAGCCACAACGCCUCCACUGUGGGAGAAAGUGAAGGGGAGGUGGAGCCGGUGAACUGCAGCAGGCUGAUUGAAGCUCUGGACAUCCAGAGUCCUGCUCACUUUAAACUGGGUGUCUCCUCUGGCCUGCAGUCCACUCCGUACAAGCUGGGCUGUGAACUCAGAGAUGAGCUUAGAACACCUUUUAAGACUGGUACUAAAGUCAGCGUGGUACAUGAUGAAAGUGAAUCUUCCCUAGAGAGCGGUACCCAAAUCCAAAACCAGCAACCAUGCAGCCUGGAGAUUGAAAAGCGUCGUGUGGUGGACCACAUUCAUCACUUCAAUAAGCUCACCCUUCAUUCUCCAAAGGGUUCCAACGCCAAACACGUCAGAUCACCGCUCAAGUUCCAGCGCACCCCCGUGCGUCAGACCGUCCGCAGAAUGAACUCUCUACUGGGAGAGAGCAGGAGACCCACUAGCAUCACCGGGAGCGGUCCGGUGGUGAAGGCAGUGAGCCUGGAGAGCGGCCUCUCCCCUCACCCGCAGCUCCAGCUGCACCAGGGAGAGCCAAAACCGUCCAACAGUGUUUGUCCCAAAAAGAUACCCCCUCCAGUGCCACCCAAAAAGCCGAGCACCUUGGCUCGAAAACCCUGCGCUCUGGGUGACGUGACCAACAAGGUCCAACCAAAGACCAAAGUGGACUCUUCUGUCCCUGAUCCAUCAGGAGUUCAGAAGCGUGUUGUGCAGCAGGUAGCAGAGAAAGACAUGAACCAUUACAGAGGUUCACCCAGAAACCCCCUCAACCAAGUGCGACUGCUGUCUGCCACCAAGCCAGUAGAUUUAUAGCUUCAAAUAUUUUUGCCUUUUAUGUUUCCUCCUCACUGUGCAGGUCUCUGUCUGGUAGGACGACUUGACAUUAAACAUUCUGUCUUAUAUUAUCCAUAUUUUCAGGGGUUUUAAUUUAUUUUUUUUUAGCUACAGUAGGUGCUGGCUGUGUUGUUUUAGGGCCUUAAUGGGAGGUGUUCAUAUGCCUUAUGUUUGUUUUACUCCAGUAAAACAGUUUAAAUAUCAACACACACCAGCCUACAGGGUGAUGAGGUUAGACUGUAGUGUGCAGGCCAAAUUAUGUGAUGUGAUUGAUGGUAUGACUGGAAAUGUUUAGAUCAAGUCUUAUGCUUUUAUUUAUGCAUUUUAUAUCUAAUCUUUAGGUAGAUUGAAAAAAAAAAGCUGUUUACUGAAGUUAAAGCUGUUUGUUCAUUACAGAAUAUUUUUUUCUUCCUGUUUCAACAGGAACAGAGACAGAAAGAAAUGCACCUUUGUUGUAUUUUAUGGAAAAAAAAAUAAGCCGAGCAGUAUUGAUCAAAUUAUCUGUCUAUAGUAGUCCAUUCAUUUCAAAACCAUCAACCAGUAAAAUGCUUUGCCGUGUGAACUGCUCCAGACAAAUAAAAUCAAACAUACACCUA